AGCGCCGCGCCGGCCGAGGAGCGGGACGCGGACGUCGCCGCCACCACCCCACGCCUGCGGCCGCGCGGGCCCGAGACCGGGAGUGCGAGGAGCGCGCGGAAGGAGCCAUGGCUCUGGACGGGAUAAGGAUGCCAGAUGGCUGCUAUGCGGACGGGACGUGGGAACUGAGCGUCCAUGUGACGGACCUGAACCGCGAUGUCACGCUGAGAGUGACCGGGGAGGUGCACAUCGGAGGGGUGAUGCUGAAGUUGGUGGAGAAACUCGAUGUAAAAAAAGAUUGGUCUGACCAUGCUCUCUGGUGGGAAAAGAAGAGAACUUGGCUUCUUAAGACACAUUGGACCUUGGAUAAGUAUGGUAUUCAAGCAGACGCCAAGCUGCAGUUCACGCCCCAGCACAAACUGCUCCGCCUGCAGCUUCCCAAUAUGAAGUACGUGAAGGUGAAAGUGAAUUUCUCUGAUCGAGUCUUCAAAGCUGUUUCUGACAUCUGUAAGACUUUCAAUAUCAGACACCCUGAAGAACUUUCACUUUUAAAAAAGCCCAGAGAUCCAACAAAGAAAAAAAAGAAGAAGCUGGAUGACCAGUCUGAAGAUGAGGCUCUGGAGCUGGAGGGGCCUCUGAUCACUCCGGGCUCAGGCACUGAUGUUCUUUUCAUUGGCCCUCUGAAAGGAAGUAUAUAUUCAAGCCCAGGACUUUAUAGUAAAACAAUGACCCCCACUUACGAUGCUCAUGAUGGAAGCCCCUUGUCCCCGACUUCUGCCUGGUUCGGUGACAGCGCGCUGUCAGAAGGCAAUCCUGGUGUGCUCGCUGUCAGUCAGCCCGUCACUUCACCAGAAAUCCUGGCAAAAAUGUUCAAGCCUCAAGCUCUUCUUGAUAAAGCAAAAAUCAACCAAGGAUGGCUUGAUUCUUCAAGAUCUCUCAUGGAACAAGAUGUGAAGGAGAAUGAGGCCUUGCUGCUCCGAUUCAAGUACUACAGCUUUUUUGAUUUGAAUCCAAAGUAUGAUGCGAUCAGAAUCAACCAGCUGUAUGAGCAGGCCAAGUGGGCUAUUCUUCUAGAAGAGAUCGAAUGCACAGAGGAAGAGGUGAUGAUGUUUGCAGCCUUGCAGUAUCAUAUCAACAAGCUGUCGAUCAUGACGUCAGAGAACCACUUGAACAACAGCGACAAAGAAGUCGAUGAAGUGGACGCCGCCCUGUCAGACCUGGAGAUUACUCUGGAAGGGGGUAAAACAUCAACAGUUUUGGGUGACAUUACUUCCAUCCCUGAACUUGCUGACUAUAUUAAAGUUUUCAAGCCAAAAAAGCUGACCCUGAAAGGUUACAAGCAGUAUUGGUGCACCUUCAAAGACACGUCUAUUUCAUGCUACAAGAGCAAAGAAGAAUCCAGUGGCACGCCAGCUCACCAGAUGAAUCUCAGAGGAUGUGAAGUUACCCCAGAUGUAAACAUUUCAGGCCAAAAAUUUAACAUUAAACUCCUGAUUCCAGUAGCAGAGGGCAUGAAUGAGAUCUGGCUUCGGUGUGACAAUGAAAAGCAGUAUGCGCACUGGAUGGCAGCCUGCAGAUUGGCCUCCAAAGGCAAGACCAUGGCAGACAGUUCUUACAACUUAGAAGUUCAGAAUAUUCUUUCCUUUCUGAAGAUGCAGCAUUUAAACCCAGAUCCUCAGUUAAUACCAGAGCAGAUCACAACCGAUAUUAACCCUGAAUGUUUGGUGUCCCCUCGUUACCUAAAAAAGUAUAAGAACAAGCAGAUAACAGCAAGAAUCUUGGAGGCGCAUCAGAAUGUGGCUCAGAUGAGUUUAAUUGAGGCCAAGAUGCGAUUCAUCCAGGCGUGGCAGUCCUUACCUGAAUUUGGCAUCACACACUUCAUUGCAAGGUUCCAAGGGGGCAAAAAAGAAGAACUUAUUGGAAUUGCAUACAACAGACUAAUUAGAAUGGAUGCCAGCACAGGAGAUGCGAUUAAAACGUGGCGUUUCAGCAACAUGAAACAGUGGAAUGUAAACUGGGAAAUCAAAAUGGUCACCGUGGAGUUUGCAGAUGAGGUGCGGCUGUCCUUCAUUUGCACAGAGGUGGACUGCAAGGUGGUGCAUGAGUUCAUCGGUGGCUACAUCUUCCUCUCCACGCGUGCAAAAGACCAGAACGAGAGCUUAGAUGAGGAGAUGUUCUACAAACUCACCAGUGGGUGGGUGUGAAUACAAGUGUUGUGUGAGGAAACUCCGCGGCCAUAACAUAUUUAACUUAAAAGCUGUUUGUUACAUGCUGCUUAAUAAAGUAAGCUUGAAAUUUAUCAUUUUAUCAUGAAAACUUUUUUGCCUUAUGAAACAGUUAACAUGUGCACUAAACAAGCACGACUAUUAAUCUGCUAUGGUCAUACAAUAAAAGAUCUGCUGGGCUCGGCACCCGGCCCUCAGCGCCAUGAGCUGGGAACUGAGGUCGUGGGCAGAUGAGCAGCAGCAUCACUGGUAGAAACCAAGCUGUAAGAACAGCCCGGGUGGAGUCUGUUCAUCAUGUCUAAUGCAUGUGUUUCAAUGUAUGCUUAAUUUGAUGUCAUGUUUUAAAAUAUCCUACUUUUGGUAGCCAUUUGAAGUCCCCAACCCACCCAAUAAGUCAGGCCUACAAAAAAUGCCUGAUUAUUUAAUAGUCAUCAUUUGACCUUGAAGGAAAAUGCUGUUAGUUCGUUAUGCUUGGUUGGUUUUUGUCCUUGAAUAAGCAUGUGUGUAUAUUGUCUUGUGUUUUUAUUUUUACACCAUAUUGUAUUACAAUACUUGUAGUAUUCACCAGCAUACUCACUGUCUGCCUAAAAUAUGCAACUUUUGCAUUACAAUAUGAAGUAAAGGUCUAUGAAGUAUUCAUUUGUGUAACUAAUGUACAAACACAAAUUUUAUAAAAUUGUACAGUUUUUUUAAACUACUCACAGCUAGCAAAUGGCUUAAAUGUAGCAUCUUUGCAUUAAUUAAAUGCCUUUAAAGAUAUAAUUAAUAUGCAGUUUUAAUAUCUGCUAAAUUAAGAACGACUUAAUUAUGGUCAUGAUUUGCCACAAGGUCCUUCCCUGUGAUACUGGCCUGGCCUUGCUCUGGUCUGCUGUGCUGUUAGUCCAUGUCGGUGCUCAUCAGAAAGUGCCCAGCUCACAUAGUCCAGAAGAGUGCCAGGGAGGGGUGGGUACCAGCAUUGUCCAAUACAAUUCAUGGUUUAAAGACUGUAUAAAUGCAUUUUAUUUUAAAUAAAAGCAAAACUUUUAUUUAAU